UGGGAGGAGCUGGGGGCCCGGCGGGCCGGGAAGGAGGGGUCUUAAGGGGCGGCGAGGCCAGGUCGGGUUUCCUCGGAGGCUGGCGAUCCGCGGAGCUCGCCCUCCGCGCACUGCUGCCGCUGCCCGCGCCCUCGAGCCGCCCCGCACGAUGUGGAGACGCUGGCUCGCGCUCGCGCUGCUGGCGGCCGCCUGGGUCCGCGCCGAGGAAGAAAUACGGAGCAAAUCCAAGAUUUGUGCCAAUGUGUUCUGUGGAGCCGGCCGGGAAUGUGCGGUCACAGAGAAGGGAGAGCCCACGUGCCUCUGCAUCGAGCAAUGCAAACCUCACAAGAGGCCUGUGUGUGGCAGUAACGGCAAGACCUACCUCAACCACUGUGAGUUACAUCGAGAUGCCUGCCUUACUGGAUCCAAAAUUCAGGUGGAUUAUGACGGGCACUGCAAAGAGAAGAAAUCUGUAAGUCCAUCCGCCAGUCCAGUCGUUUGCUAUCAGGCCAACCGUGACGAGCUCCGGCAUCGCAUCAUCCAGUGGUUGGAAGCUGAGAUCAUUCCAGAUGGCUGGUUCUCGAAAGGCAGCAACUACAGUGAAAUCCUAGACAAGUACUUUAAGAACUUUGAUAAUGGCGACUCGCGCCUGGACUCCAGUGAAUUCCUGAAAUUUGUGGAGCAGAAUGAAACUGCCAUCAACAUCACCACCUAUGCAGACCAGGAGAACAACAAGCUGCUACGAGGACUCUGUGUUGAUGCUCUCAUUGAACUGUCUGAUGAAAACGCUGAUUGGAAACUCAGCUUCCAAGAGUUCCUCAAGUGCCUCAAUCCAUCCUUCAACCCUCCUGAGAAGAAGUGUGCUCUGGAGGACGAAACGUACGCAGAUGGCGCUGAGACUGAGGUGGACUGCAACCGCUGCGUCUGUGCCUGUGGAAAUUGGGUCUGCACAGCCCUGACCUGUGACGGAAAGAAUCAAAAGGGGGCCCAGACCCAAACAGAGGAAGAGAUGACCCGAUAUGUUCAGGGACUUCAAAAGCACCAGGAAACAGCUGAAAAGACCAAGAGGGCGAGCACCAAAGAAGUCUAAGAGGCUUGUAGGAAGAGUGUCUGGAGCGCAGCACCUUCUCUUCUACUUCAGCGCAGAGUCCAGUAUACCAAGUGUCUGCUACAAUCACCAAAUCACCAGUAUUUGCUUGUAUAGCAACAAAUUUUACUUUAUUUGUUUUGCAAUAAAGGAAAUGGGAGUAGCUGGCUAGGAAGGCAUGGGCCAUAGCCUUCAUUUCUAGGAGAGCUUUGAGAGAAACUGUAAAUGGUGCUCUGGGGCUGGAGGCAAGUAAGGAGACUGCAUCGGGUUGGGAGAGGGCAGACCCAGAGCUGAAGCCCCUCUGAAGUUGCGGCAACUGUGAGCAGCUGCAGGGAGCAAAUGCAACACCAGAGAGGACGGGGCAGGCAGUCCCUGGAGGAGGGAGGGAAGGGCACAGACCCAGAUCUGAAGCCUCUCUGAGGUCACAGACCACAUUCUGCUUCUGAUCCUUGUUGUCACUGCUGUCAGCAUGACAGAUGUCCUGCAUUUUGCUUCUCCUCUUGGUCCCGGCCACUCCUCUAGACACACAGCCAUCCUGCUAGUGACCCACAUCCCUCAUACUUGGAUGGAGUUUACAGGAGGGUGUGCCCAAAUGAUGCAGAUACUUGGAUAUUUUGAGCCCUAUAGAGACCUAACCAAACUUUUAAACUAUGUUUUACCAAAGGUGCUACUUCUCUGUAAAACACUUUUUUCUUUUUUGGUAAGUUGACUUCAUUUUUCAAUUAUUAUCAUUGUACUUCUGUUGUUUUAUAUUUUAUUUUCUUGACUAGGUAUUAAGCUUUUAUAAUUACUUUUUCAGUAGUUCUACCAUUUCUGAGGUGGAAGGAAUUCAGAGUUCUUCCUAGUACAGGGACCUCUAUAAUCCAGACACCCUUGAGCCUCCCACAGCCUAGACUAGAUGCAGCCCGAAGUUGGCCCCUUGGUUUCCAGCAAGUCGGCUCUGUGCCUAGGGGGCAGAGAGGCCUUGGACAGAAGCCAGGGGAAGAGGAAGCAUCUUCAUAUAAAACUUCCAAUAUCUCAGAAGUUAAUUUGUGCUCAUUUACUCUGAGAAGACCAGGCAAAUCACUAUUCCAAAGGAUGGAAGUUUAGCAUAUCCCAGCCUAGGAACAUGAUCAUUGAUCUACCAGUAAGAUGAGCAGAGUGCUUUUGACCUAUUUCCUCCUAUUUCUGGGCCCCAGUUUCCUAACUGAGUAGUUAAGAAUGCAUUAAGCUUCUGAUUUGAUAAAUUAUAAAGUUUGUGAUUCUGGCAGUUGUCCAAAGACAACAGGUUCCUGUGAUUCUCCUCCUUCUCCUUAGGGUAAAUGAAACUUUAUUAUAACAAGAAAAGAGAUAUAGCUGAAAAACAAGAUAGCCAAGUUUGACCUCAUUGUGCAUGAACCUUGCAGUUUGUGCUGGUAUUUGCCCUUCCUUGGAAAGCCGGCCCAAGAGAGGGUGAAAGAACCAUCCCAAGCAUGUCUUCAACCAUGCAUGUCGUGUACAACUCUUGUUGGAGUCAGAAGACCUUUCCCUUUAGAGUUGAGGCCAGAAGGUGGUUUUGGAUUCAAGAGGGGUGAACAAUGGAGACUGAGUCUUAAAACUGAGCUGUGGAGAAGUCAGUUUUUUGCAGUUACACAUGUGUCUUUUGGCUCCUGGUUAGUAAACCUCAUUACCAUUGUUUCUGAUACAUUUGGCAUAACAAAGAUCAAAAACUUGAUCUCAUUUGGAAAAAUCAAGAUAUAGAUCCUCAGAGAGAAAGUAUUUAGAUGGUGCUGCACGGGCAACAGAGAAAUUUAUGCCAGAAAAGGAAUUCCUUCUAGUUUUCCUGGUUCUCAUUUGAAAGGAGAAAACUCCAGUUCACUCAGCUAGAAUUCUGAGCUUUUAUGUGUCAUCCCAUUUUUAAGAAGCUCUCUUUGAACUCCAUGUGUGCAGUGUGAAAUGCAAUUCCCUGUCCAAGUGCCUUGGAGAACCCACAGCAGCACGCCUUAAUCAAAGGAAGUUUUGCCAGCUCUUGGACACCAUGGGAGAGGGUAAAAGUACCAGUUUGUUUAAAGCAAGAAGCCACAGUGUCUCUUCACUGGCCACAUUUAGAAUAGCAAAUGCCAUCCAAGACUGUGCCCCACCCUGCAACACUGAAUUCCCAAGAGCAAAGCCACAUUCCUCUUGAGUCUGCUGCUUUUGUGUAAAUAGGGCAGCUGUUGCCUGCACCAUAGGAUCAAGUGAUCUGAGGGCCAUUCAUGGAAAGCUGCUAAACAGCCUAGCUUGGGAAGUCUUGCAUAGAGCUUUGCAUGGGGCAAACAGGUAGGAUUAAAUCAAGUUCAGUUCCUUUAGCCUUUGAAAAGCGUGUAGGACAUAGACUGCAAGCUUCCUAGGCUUUCUCUGUGUGUAUGGUUUUAUAAACAUUACAGUAUCUGUUCAGAUCCAAGGUCCAUGGAAACCCUCCCACGUGCCAUGACUCUGGAUACCAUCACUGUUUUUGAAAAACAGGGCUCUUCCACCUGCUAAUAAGCGCAUCUGAACCAGUCUGAAUGUCUUUCCAUCUAUGGUUUAAAUAGUCAAACUUCAGGAAACAAUUUGAACAGGUUUCCCUGACCUUUGUGUUUGAGAAAAUGUAUUUGUAUUUAGUAUGCUUCCAUAUUGCAUUUAACUUGUUUUUGUAACUCCUGAUUUUUUUUGGUUACUAUUGAUAAAUAAACAAAAUAAAAUAAAAUAAAAUAA